AUGACACCGCAGAAAAAGAUCGAUGUGCAUUUUAAAAUAUCACACGGAAAGCUCUUUGGUGUUAGUACCUCACUGUGCUCUCUCAACUUCAACAUGCCUCUUCACGUAGCCACUUCGCUAAGCGAGAUGCAAAAGGAGAACCAGCAUAAUGCUAGUAUAGGAGACCUCAAGUACCGAGUCAAGGCUGCCGACUCAUCUUGA